AUGCUGUUGUUAGCAGAUAAUAUUGUUGAUGUUCACGAGCUGACUGGUGACUUUGUUGGUAGCUUUGGACAAGGAGUGUUGAACAGUACAAGUGAUAUCACUGCUACUUGUGAUAGUCGCAUCAUGAUAGUGGACCCAGGUGAUUCCUGUGUCCACUUAUUCACUGUGGAAGGACAACAGCUUGUCAAAUUUAAUUAUACCAAAAUCAAGGGAGAUUGCUAUUAUCGCAUUUCUUGUCACUCGACAGGUCAACAUAUUGUCCUUGCUGCUAAAGAAAGACAGACAGACCGCCUGGCACUGGCUAUGUACACCGUUGAUGGUGAAUUUGAACAAAGAAUUAUGCUAGAAUGGAUUCGAUUUAUAAAUGGGAUUUCAGUGACCCUGGAGGGUUACAUUGCUGUGGCUUGUAAUGAUAUGCCUGAGAAUGAAGGAAUAGUGAUUGUUGUUUAA